GGAGGGGAUUGAAGCCGGUCGGGAGCGGGACCCCAGUUCCACUUCCCCUGAUUCUCUUCUCCUUUCACUCCCUGCGAGUUUCCCCUCGAACUGAAGGCAGGUGGGGAAGGUCAGGCUUUGAUAGCAACAUUUGCUGCUCAGUGCUGUCAGUCCCCCCCCCCAAAUCCCUCGCUCAAGCUGAUCUUCCUGAUAUCCAAGAGCUUUUUGAGGUGUUAAUUUGUGCCAGAAGACACUGGGGUGGGGGUACCUGGAGGAAAAACCACGCAGAGCAAAAAACCACUCUCUGCUCAGCAGCAAGACUUCUGUCUCCCAAGACUUCUCUCUGCAAACCACUUGAAAAGCCUCUGCCCAAAGAGCUCAUCCUGUUGUGUGUGUUUGCAGCUUUCUCCCGUGGGCAGGUUUUGCAAUCUCGACCUGAAAUCUGCUUUGCCAGCGCAGGCUGUGAAAAGCUAGUGAAUCGGUUUUUUUGCAAAAGUUCCGGUGUUUUCAUCUUCAUCACCUUCUCUCCUCCUUCUCUGAGACACCUGCUCCCUCUGAGAGGUGCUGGGUGCCAUGGCAGCAAAAAAACCCCCAGCUUUUCCUGGUCCCCUCCCUCGGUGGGUGCCUGGACGGCUGCUCUCCCCCAAACCCAGCGGUGCUGGUGGGACCUAGUGCUGCUGCUGGCUCCAGAUCAACCCCAAAACCUGGUCUGGGAUGUCUCCUCACCUGGAGGCAUGGCAGGAGUGCUGUGGAGAGCAUCCCCAGGAAAAUGGGGGCACAGAUGGGGUCCUGGGGGGAUGAGGUGCUGCAGGGUGGCCUCUGUUGGAGCGUGGUGUGAAAGAAAGAGCCUUUACUCUUUGUUUCCUCCCGUCAGGGUGAUAAAUGCAGGGAAGAGCCAGCACAAUGAGGACCAGGCGUGCUGCGAGGUGGUGUUUGUGGAGAGGAAGCCCAGCCCCAGGGGCCACCCGCCGUCCAGGGAAGGUGGCGAGGAGCUGGAGGGGGGCAGGAAGGGUUUUUAUUUCCACUACUGGGCCUUGUUUGAUGGCCACGCGGGCAGCGGUGCUGCUGUCAUGGCAUCCAAGAGGCUCCAUCUGCACAUCUGCGAGCAGCUCCGGGACCUGGUAGAGAUCCUGCAGGACCCUUCUCCUCCUCCCAUCUGCCUCCCGCCCGAGGAGAGGGCUGGCCUUGCAGAGCCCAGCCGGGUGCCCCUCGCAGAGGACGACGGGGAGGUCCCCAACAACGCCGUGCCACGGUUUCACCUGGAGAAAGCGGUGUCUCACGAGAGCCUGGUGAUCGGUGCCAUCGAGAACGCCUUUAAGCACAUGGACGAGGAGAUCGAGCGGGAGCGAGCAUCCCAGCGCCUCUCCGGGGGCUGCUGUGCCCUGGCUGCCAUCUACCUCAUGGGCAAGUUCUACGUGGCCAACGCCGGUGACAGCAGGGCCAUUAUCAUCCGUAACGGGGAAAUCAUUCCAAUGUCCAGGGAGUUUACUCCAGAGACAGAAAGGCAGAGGCUGCAGUUUUUAGCGUUCCUGAGGCCCGAGCUGCUGGGGAAGGAGUUCACCCACCUGGAGUUCCCCCGCAGGAUCCAACCCAAGGAGCUGGGGAAGAAGAUGCUGUACAGAGACCAAAACAUGAACGGCUGGGCUUACAAAAAGAUAGAAGAGGAUGACCUGAAGUUUCCACUUAUCUACGGGGAAGGCAAAAAGGCUCGGGUGAUGGCCACCAUUGGGGUGACACGGGGCCUGGGAGACCAUGACCUCAAGGUGUUCAGCUCCAACAUCCACAUCAAGCCUUUCCUCUCCUGCUUCCCCGAGGUCAGGGUCUAUGACCUCACACAGUACGAGCACUGCCCUGACGAUGUUCUGGUCUUGGGCACAGAUGGGCUCUGGGAUGUCACCAACGACAAGGAGGUGGCUGGUGUGGUGAUGGAGGUGCUGACGGGCUACGAGCCCAACGACCCAUGCAGGUACACCAUGGUGGCCCAGGAGCUGGUGGUGCGGUCCAGGGGGGUGUUGAAGGAGCGGGGCUGGCGGCUGGCCAACGACAAGCUGGGCUCCGGCGAUGACAUCUCUGUCUUCGUCAUCCCUCUGGGUGGCCCGGGCAACUACACGUGAUGCCCCAUGUCCUCCGGGGCAGCGGGGCUGGCUUUGCCUGGAUGGAGAGGAGCAGGACACUGGCACUGCCUCGGGGCCACCUCUCCCCACAGCACUUCUUUCUGAGCCGACUGUGAGUAAAGAACCUGGACCCUCCAUCUGUGCCCCUGCCCAGAGCAUCCCCCUCCAUCUGCUGCUCCAGCCCCGGGGGAGAUGGAAGGGCCUGGACAGAGAGCGGGGACAGGGGUUGGGGGCUGUUUUUUCUGCUGCCACUUUCUGAGAGCUGUGAAAAGCCUCUGGGCUCCUGGGGUUCCCAGUGUGUCCUGCCCCUUGCCCGGGGGCUUGGCUGCCCUGGUCCCAGCAGGGAGCAGUGGCUGUCACCCUCGCGGGGGUGGCAACAUGAGGAGAAGUACCUGGAGAAGCAUCUUCUGCUGCUGCUGCUGCCACCUCCUCUCCCCCUGCCCUGUGACACUUGCACUGGUGACACCAGAGCUGGCACUGGGAUGGGCCACGAGGUUGGGGUGAAGCGUUGCCGGCUGCUGGGCCAUGCUCAGCCUGGCAGAAGCCUGGUUGUGGGUGGUGGGGUGGUGGGCCAGCCCCACACUGACAUCCCCACUUUGUGCUUGCCCUCUCCGGCCCCUCACACCUUCAUCCCAGCCUCGUACCUUGUCCCAGUGUCGGGUGUGGGAGGAUGGGAUGGUGCUCAGUGGCUGUGAUGCACCGAGAGCCCCUGGGGAAGGAAUGAGCCUCUGCCCCCACCCCUCUUCAUGUCUGGGAUUGCUGCUCUCUUUCUGGAGCCAAUUGUUUAUUAUUAAUUGGAGAGCGGAGCCGGGAAAUGUCUAGAUCCUUCCUGGGUGGGGGGAGGCUGGAUGUCUGUCUGCAGGGCUGGAUGUCUGUCUGCAGGGCUGGAUGUCUGUCUGUCUGGACCUCUGGGUGCUGUGAAGCUGCCAAGAGGGUGCCAGGCAGAGCAGCCCUGGCCAGCCCAGCUUAACAGCUUAAGGGAGCUGCGUGGAUCUGCUUAGCCCAGGGCUGGAAACCCACGAUGAAAGCAGCUUGGUGAUGAGGAGGGGGGGUGGGGAGGAAGACAACCCCCUCCUUUUUCUGUAGCAGCAGUUGAUCUCUGCAUGGGUUUCUUAUUUUGCAUCCUUCUGACCUGGGGGAUGCGUUUCUUGGACCCGUGCAGAGCGAUGCAUCCUCCCGAAACGUGAGGGAUGGUCCCACCCUGGCCGUGGGGUGAUGGGGGUAACUGGGCCCUGGCCCCCCCAUUUUGGGAAGGCUCCGUGGCACCGGUGGUCGGUGUCCUGCUGUCGCUGGGUGCAGCCAGCUCUUGUCAGGUGUCACCUCUGCUGGAUGUUGUUUGUCUCUUGUAAUCAGCGAGAUGUAAAUAAACUGGGCGCACUUAAUGGGAA